CUUACAGACUAGUUACAGUUUUAGUUCAGUUGUCAACAAAAAUAUUUAUAAAAUGAAGUAGUUGUUUAUUAUUUACAUAAUACAUGUAGUUUUAGAAUAGUGCAAAAAUCCACAAACGGAGUUCAAAAUGAAUCCAGUGUACGACUUUAUUCAAAGAAAUCGUGUUAUAGCCAAAAUUGAGAAGGCGCAUUGUUCGAAAGCUAGAAAUUUAACUUUAGAAGAUUUUGAUCUAACUGCCCUUCCUGAUAUUUUACUCAAUUGCCAAGAUUUGUAUUCCUUAAAACUGGGCCAUAACAAGAUAAGAGAUUUACCGUGUGAUGUAUUUCAAUUAAAAAAUUUGCAGCAUUUGGCACUAGAAUAUAAUAAUUUAGAUAGGUUCCCAGAGGCUUUAAAAUGUUUGUCACAACUGAUAACUUUAAACAUAAGCCAUAACCCCAUUAAACACUUGACAAAAGACAUUAGUUGCCUAACUUCUUUAGAAAUAUUAUGGUGUAAUAGCUGCUGUUUGACUUCGUUGCCGGAAGACAUAGGAAACUUAAUAAAUUUAGAAACGUUUGGAUCAAGGCAUAAUAAGAUAUCUAAACUACCUAAUGCAAUUUGCAGUUUAAAAAAAUUAAGGUGGUUAACAUUAGAAGAUAAUAAUCUGCAUAACGUACCUCAAGACUUUGGAAAACUCUCAUUAAUACAUUUAAACUUUAAUAAAAACAACUUUAAUAUUAUACCUCAUCAAAUAUCGAAAAUUAAAACUUUGAGAUACCUCCAUCUUCAGAAUAACGAAUUUUUUUCUUUACCCGAAGCAAUGAUUUUUGCUAUGCCUAAUACAAAGAUCAAUCUGUUAAAUAACCCCCUUCAGCUGACAGAUGAUAAGAUUUUCACAAAUGUCAUCAUAACGGGCACCGAAAAUCACAUUUUAGAUUUAUUCGGACAUGAUUCAGAUUCAAGCUCUGACAACUGGGACGUAAGCAUGGAUAGUUCCGACUUGAACUAUUCCUCCACAGAGUCAGAUAGUGAGGAUGAAGAGGUCCUUACGGAUAUUCCAAGGCUGUCCAAGUACCUGUUUAAUUUUUAGUUGUUGGUUUUUGUGUUGUUUUUAUUUGUGAAGGGCCACGUUCAGCUGAAUUAUUGAAAUAAUUACCGUUGAUAAAGCUUGAAAAUAUAUUAUUAAAGGCGGUUAAACUAUUGAUGGAGUUACUUGAAUCAAGGCCACGUUUAUCUGUAUGUAUUAAUAUGUCAAAGCCUUGAAUUAAACAGAUUUUUCUUCCGGCAAUAUAUAUUUAUAUAAACGAUUAUCUAAAAAACUGCUACCUUAAAGGAUAAUUUAAGAUUGUACCCUUUAAAAAAUUUAUAAACGAGAUUUAACAUUUUCUUUCCUUUGUGCAGUUAAAAUUUUUUAACAGCAUCUCAUUCAUUUUCAAUGUUAUUUUUUCCUAAUAAAACUCGAA